AUGGUAGGCUACACUGAAGAGGCAGACGGCGCUGAAGAGACGCGGGGUGGGGCCACACGGCGCUCAUUGAACCCUGGGAAGGAAGGACCGAGAGAGGCGGAGAAGAGAGGCCGCUGCGCUUCGUCACAUGGCCGGGGCGCGGAGCUGCGUCAGCGGCACGGCCCAAGGGUCAGCGGCCUGAAGCGGAUUUACAUCCAAACAGCGGCUUCUUCUUUUCGCUAUAAUGGCCUCUCUGUGGUGUACUUUGUGUUUCUGCUCACCGUACCACUGCUGCCGAACCCGAACCUGGUCUCCCUAAAAGGUAAAACGGGCCAGUUUAUUCGGUUAAUAAUCUACGUUAGCGUAACCUUCCUGACCCUUCAAUGCUUCAUGCAGAUCCCCUUCAGCUACUUCCCUCCACAUGGCAUCGUACUGCCUUCCCUCACCUCAGGAGUGUACUUUGGGGUGUUUUUAGGACUGGUAUGGUGGUGGAUAUUCAGUCGCUCCAUUAGCAUGCUGCUUUUCAGCUCCCUGUGUGUGAUGAUGGCCAUCUUCAGCGGAGGACACCUGCUGGCUCUGUACCUCUACCAGCUGCCCCUGUCCCAGCAGCUCAUCCCACCAGAUGAUGUUUACGCGAGGUUGUUUGGUAUGACGGGAGUUAUCCGAACCAACAGUUCAAUGCCCCACAGUCUUGGUCUGCAUCCACACGUCUGCUGGCCUGACUUUGUCAACCCCUUCGUCCUUCUGCUGCUCUACUACACGCUGGUGGCUCUGAUGCACAAAUGGGUCCAGAUCACAGAGGAGGACUGUGACGAUGAUACUGCUGAUGUUGACAAAUCUGACAGCCCAUUAGAAAGCCCUGAAGUUCCUCCGAGCUUUUCCAGAGUCAUCUACAUCACAGGAGACAGGCAAGAGCUCUUGAGCAGCACAGAUGAAGAAACCUAUCUGCCUGACGAGUCAAUGGUUUUGAUGACUAAAGGUUCCUGGCAGAACGUCCACAGCAACAAUCUUGGGUGUCUGGUGGAGGAAGCCGGAUACGUAAACUGUUACUCUCCGUCUCUUCACGAAGACAGCGACUCUCCUCUGCCUGAGGCAGAAAAUGACGAAGGGAUGGCGGACAAGAGUGAGGAAGUCUCCAGGAGUCUGACAGAGACCUCGCCUGCUCCUUCAGGCCCCAGUGGCCUCGUUGUCUUCGGGCAUCUGCUGCAGAAACACAGCUACGUUAGCGCCCUCGUCAUCAUGAUGGUGUGGAGUAUAACUUACAACAACUGGCUGACCUUCGCCCUGCUGGUGUGGUCCUGCUUCAUCUGGAUGAUGCGAGAUCGCCGGCGGUACGCCAUGAUGUCCGCCCCUUUCCUUGCCGCCUACGGCACUGUCCUGGUGGUGCUGGGCUUCCUGAGCGGGCUGCGUUUGAGCCGAGCCGAGCUGUAUCCAGGGCUGCCCCCAGCAGUGAUAGUGGACUUUGACCUGAGCAGCUACCAUCCUGCACCUGGUGUCCACCUGGGAGCCAAGGUCUUCUACACCUUCAGCUUCUGGGUGAUGUUUCGCCAGCAGCUGAAGGAAAGAAAGGAGGAACAGAUCAUGAAGAAGGAAUCUCUUGAAGACAUUACAGCCGUCCCACCGGAGGAAAGCCCGCCGUCACCUCUGGUAGGGAUGCUGAUCUCAGGGGUCAAAGGGCUUCUCAUCAAAUACUGGAUCCUGUUUUGCUGCUCCAUGUUCUUCAUAGUAAGCUUCUCUGGAAAGGUGGUUGUGUACAAAAUCCUCUACAUCGUCCUCUUCCUCCUGUGUGUGGUUCUAUACCAGAUGCGGUACGAUAUUUGGCGUCGGGUUCUGAAGACGUUCUGGGCGGUGGUGGUGGGUUACUCCAUGCUGGUGCUGAUAGCCAUCUACAUGUAUCAGUUUCGGAGUGUUUCUGCCCUGUUCAGACAGAUCAUGGGCAUGUCAGAGGAAGGACUCCGUGACCUGGGUCUGGAGAGGUACAGCACAGUGGAGCUGUUUGCUCGUAUUCUGCUCCCUGCUGUCUUCCUGCUGGCUUGUAUCCUCCAGCUGCAUUACUUCAACUCUGACUUCCUCGCUCUAACUGACCUGGAGAACGUACCUGUUCGGGAGACUAGCAGACAGGAAGAACUCAAGAAUUCAGUCAAUAUGAUUGCAGACUUUAUUAAAGAAAACAUUGAAAAGUUACAGAAAAGGCUUGUCAAGGAGCAGACAGAUAAUAGUAGAAGUCAGGAAACUCUGGACGACAUCGGAGUCCAGACACCCUCUGAGAAAGCAGAGGGUGUCUGGACUGCAGAGGAGCAGCAGGAGGCAGCAGACGAAGAAACUGUGCCAACCAGCCCGGAGGACAAGUGGGUCACGAUCGUGGACCGGGCGAGCCUGCUCAUUAUCCAGGCGGUGUCUUCACUCCGCCGGGUCCAGGAGCUGAGCUGGAGACUCAUGGAGCUCCACAGCCUGAAAAUCGUGUCUUCUGGCAUCAUCUGGGUGUCACUUCAAGAGGUUUCCCUGAUGAACUUCCUGUUCCUGGUCCUGUGGGUGUUUGCGCUUCCGUUCCCACGACUGCGCCCGCUGGCCUCCAGCAUCUCGGCGGUGUGGGCCUGCGUCAUGGUGGUCUGCAAGAUGUUUUACCAGCUCAAAGUGAUCAAACCUCUGGAUUACUCCUCCAACUGCACCGCCGGCUUACUGGCCUCCAAUAGUUCUGGGCUGGACGAUGGAGCAGAUUUGAGGGGAAACCUGAUGGAGCUGCUCCGGCGGUCCGUUCUCUACGUCGAACCUGUUGACCCGGUCUACUGGUGCGGAGCUCUGCAGAAGUGCGAGGGGAGAAUCCUGCCCUGCCUCAGGAACCAUUUGAUGGUACUCGGGUUGCUUGUUUUCGAGGCGACUGUCCAUCGCCACCAGCUCUACUUUCGUCUCCGUAACGACCUGAAGCCUCCUCCCUUCAGCAUCAUCUUCCAGUUCAUCACAAGGCAGCAGCUGGACCACGGCGUCCUGCCCUGCGCCAAAUACUUCAUCAACUUUGGCUUCUACAAAUUUGGACUGGAGAUCAGUUUGAUCAUUGCGGUGAACGUGAUCGGUCAGAGGAUGGACUUCUACGCUUUGCUUCACUCCGGCGCUUUGAUGGCCGUGUUGUCUCGCCGCCGCAGGAAGGCCAUAGGAGAGGUUUGGCCCAAAUACUGCUGCUUUACAGCCGGGCUCAUGGUGUUCCAGUAUCUGCUCUGCAUCGGCAUCCCUCCUGCUCUCUGCGUCGAUUACCCCUGGAGAACUGCAGCUCACCCUUUGACCUCUAACGUCAUAAAGUGGUUUUACCUGCCAGACUUUGCAAUGAGACCCAAUCCUUCCUUUAUCUUCUACGACCACCUUCUGCUGCUCUGCUCGUCUCUGCAGUGGCAGGUUUUUGUGGAGGAGAACCGAGCCGCCGUGCGACUUCUGGCUGGAGACAACGUGGAGAUCAGCCGCAAUUUGGAUCCGUGUUCCUUCAACCAGUUCGUACCAGUCAACAACUUCCUUCACUGCAGGUCCUACCUGGACAUGGUGAAGGUGUUUGUUUUCAGCUACUUCUUCUGGCUGGUCCUCUGCCUCAUCUUCAUCACAGGCACCACGCGGAUCAACAUCUUCUGCCUCGGCUACCUGGUGGCCUGUUUUUACUUCAUGCUGUUUGGCGGCAGCGUCCUGAUGCAGCCUGUCAGAUACAUUCUUCGCCUGUGGGACUGGCUCAUCGCCUACACCUGCUUCGUGAUCGCCAUGAAGAACCUCCUGUCUCUUGGCGCUUGUGCGUAUCUGGACAGCCUGUUGAAGAACAGCUGCUGGUUAAUUCAGGCCUUCAGCAUGUUCUGCACCAUCAAAGGCUACGAUGUUCCUGAGCCUACUGAUGAGUGCGAGCUGCCAGAGGGCGAGGCCGGCAUUGUCUGGGAUGCGAUAUGCUUCACCGUGCUGCUGGCACAGAGGAGGGUCUUCCUCAGCUACUAUUUCCUCUACGUGGUGUCGGAUCUCAAGUCCGCUAAGAUAUUGGCAUCGAGGGGCGCUGAGCUGUUUGAGGCCAAAGUGAAAAAGCUGGUUGCAGCCAGAUUGGAGAUGGAGAAGAAAUCUGUCGAGGCACUCAAGAGACAGAUGGAGAAGAUUAAAUCCAAACAGAAGCCAACUCCUGCUGCGUCGGACAGAGCGGAACUGCCAGCAGAUCCGGAGCAGACGGCAUCAGGAGGUGAGGAGAACGAAAAGAAAGAUGCAGGAAAAUGGUGGAAGCCUUGGGUCUCUCGGCCUGGAGUGGAGAACAACUGUGGCUACCACCUGUUUGAGAGCGACAGCGAGGAAGAAGAAGAAGAAGUUACAGAGAUGAAAGACGGAGAGGAACCACCAAAGAAGAAAUCAGCUUUUCAGUGGGCGUAUAAUGCCUGGACUACCAGCUCCAAAUCGGCUCUGAAGGAUUUAAAUACAGAAAAGAAAAAUAUAAAGAAAGAGGAGAAGAAGAGGGCCAAGACAGAACUACGGAAGCAGCAGGGCAUCGACAGAGCCGAUUCCAGUGAGGAUGAACUCGAUGAAAACACUGUGGCGGAAGAGGGAGAAGAAGAAAGAGAAAACAUCCUGCAGCGUGUCCUGAACACGCUGAAGUUCAGCUGGCUGUUUCUGCAGUCCCUGCUUGACGAUUUGACGGACAGCCUGAAUGACUUCUGCAAAGACAGCCUGGACAUUUCCAAAGUGCUGCGACUGGAGCGAGCGUUGCUCAACCAGCAGCAAAAGAAGGGAAAAGAAGUGAGUCAGGAGAGCGUGAAGCAGUUUUACGAAACCUGGAUAUCCCGUCAAAACACGUUGUCAUCUGAGGAAGGUCUGGACGCGCUCUCUCCUCCUCCGACCCCGCCUCCGGUUCUCUCCUCACGUCACGUCUAUGAGAAACUAAAGAGCCAGGCCUCCAAAAUGUCCGCGGGCAGCAGCUUUGACAGCUGUAUGACAGAAGAGACGAUGCUGGGCUCCCGACAGCCAACGCAAGAGGAGCUGGAUGAGCCUCCGUUCUCCCCACCCGCUUCCCUGCUCCGACGGAGGCUGAUGAAAGACUACCAAGAAGAUGAUGACCAUCAGCACGACGACCCAAAGCAAGAUGAGGACGUCGAGAAGGACGAAGAGGUUAGUGAAAAAUCGGAUCAGGACCAAAAGGCAGAAGAUGGAGAUCAUCCAGACCUGGAGAAAGAUGAGUUGGAUGAAAAACCGCAGCAGAGAGAAGAGGGCGGAUACCCCAGAUAUGUGGAGUGUUCAUCAAUAAAUAACCAACAGAGUGAGGAAGAAAAAAGUCUCGCGUCUCCUGCACCUCUGACUCAGGAAACCAGGAACCUCACAGCCAGCGAGCUGCUGCUGAACAACAUGUUUGAAAACGAGGAGAUCUCAGAGUCCGAUAAGUUCUUCAAGAAGUUGCCGCGGCCAGUGAAGCUGCUCUUCGCUCUCUACAACACCAUGGUGUCCAAGUCAGAGAUGCUGUGCUACUUUGUCAUCAUCCUCAACCACAUCGUGUCGGCAUCGUUCCUCUCACUCAUCCUGCCCAUUCUGAUAUUCCUCUGGGCCAUGCUGUCAGUGCCGCGGCCGACCAAACGCUUCUGGAUGACGGCUAUAAUCUACACGGAGCUUACAGUCGUAGUCAAGUACUUUUUCCAGUUCGGUUUCUUCCCCUGGACCACGUCUGCUUACAGAGGAAUCAACGCAGACCGGCCCUUUGCCCUGCCAAACAUCAUCGGCGUGGAAAAGAAGGAUGGCUACGUCCUGUUCGACCUCAUCCAGCUGCUUGCUCUGUUCUUCCAUCGAUCUAUUCUGAAGUGCCACGGGCUGUGGGACAACAAGGAGGUGGAGAUGCCUGACUUCUUCAAGAAGCUGAAGAAGAAAGUGGACAAGAAGAAGAUGACCGGAGUGGAUAAGACGGGGUGCAAGGAGAAAUCGUUGCGCCGGCUGAAGUUCCUCCCCAUUCAGGCCUCCACCACCUCCAUCUUCUGCAGACAAAAGCAAAGUGAAUCUGAAGAAUCUGUUGAGGGGAAACCAAAGAGGCAGCGGAGCAAGAAGAAGAGGGCGCAGCGUCGCACCGCUCCUCUGUCCAGGAAGCAGAGGAUCAGACAGCAUAUCAGAGAGACGAUGCUGCAGGCCAAAACCGCCUGCAUAGAAGUAGCUCUUCACAUCUAUCUCCCCAUCAGGCAGUUCUUCUAUGACAUCAUCCACCCUGACUACAGCCCCGUGUGUGACGUCUACGCCCUCAUGUUUCUUAUUGAUGUCGUCAAUUUCAUCGUGACCAUAUAUGGAUACGGGGCCUUUGGGAAAUACUCUUCCUCAGUGGACAUCUCAGAGACUCUGUCAGAAGACCAGGUUCCCGAGGCCUUUCUGGUCAUGCUGCUCAUCCAGUUCGGCACCAUGAUUGUCGACCGCGCCCUGUACCUGAAGAAGUCUCUGCUGGGGAAGUGUGUUUUCCAGGUUGUGCUGGUGUUUGGCAUACACUUCUGGAUGUUCUUCAUCCUCCCCGGAGUCACAGAGAGGAGGUUCAACAGUAACCCGAUUGCUCAGCUUUGGUAUUUUGUGAAGUGCAUCUACUUUGGACUGUCUGCCUAUCAGAUCAAAUGCGGCUACCCAAACCGCAUCCUGGGCAACUUCCUCACCAAGAACUACAACUACCUCAACCUCUUUCUCUUUCAGGGCUUUCGGAUGGUCCCUUUCCUCACUGAGCUGAGGGCCGUGAUGGACUGGGUUUGGACCGACACCACUCUGUCUCUCUCCAGCUGGAUUUGUGUUGAAGACAUCUAUGCUAACAUAUUCAUCCUCAAAUGCUGGAGAGAGUCUGAGAAAAAAUUUCCACACCCUCCAGGACAGAAGAAGAAGAAAGUUGUCAAAUAUGGGAUGGGUGGCUUCAUAAUCUUUGCCCUGAUCAGCAUCAUCUGGUUCCCACUCCUCUUCAUGUCUCUGGUCCAGUCGGCGGUCGGAGUGACCAAUCAGCCGGUAGACGUCUCCAUCCAGCUCAGCAUUGCAGGAUACGAGCCUCUGUUCUCCAUGACCGCUCAGGAGCAGAACUUGGUCGCGUACACCGAAGCCGGAUUCAACCGACUCACAAAAGUUUACGCUACUCAUCCAGGUGCCAUGCAGUUCCUGAUGAAUUAUGAAGCCGAGGACAUUGUUGCCGCUAAAAUCAAGAGUGAUGCCAGUCUGCUUUGGACCAUCAGCCCAGCCAGUCGAGCAGCAAUGAUCGAGGAACUGAGCAACUCUUCUCACAUAUACAUGAGUUUACGCUGGACACUGCUCAGGAAUGCGUCCAUAUCAAUGAAUGUCGAGGCGGUGGGAGAACACACGGUGAAGUUUGACGACAUGGCGUUGAGGGACGGGAUUGUCCAAAUGCUCAAAGGCAACAGCAACAAACCUGUGAUGAUUCAUUCUCUUCUGCCAAAAUACAUACGAGGUCCCAAAGGACAAGAAUCUAAAAUGGCAACCAGGAUGUCAGUAGACUCAUCCGAGCGCUCGGACCUCCGUGGACUCGCCUUCUUCCGGCCCAUGUCCAUCAAGCUCCAGCAGGUCAACGGCACGUCAGACAAAGAGGCGGGCCAGUGGUGGGUGGUGGAGGAGUGCUCCUCGGUUCUCACCUCCAGCGAACAGAAAUGCCACAACAUAGAGAUUGUGGUGUUCAAUGACAAGGUCAGCCCUUCAAGUCUGGGCUUUCUGGCCGGACAUGGAAUUGUCGGCCUGUACAUGUCGGUGGUUCUGGUCAUCGGUAAGUUCGUCCGGGAGUUCUUCAACGGGAUCUCUCGCUCCAUCAUGUUUGAGGAGCUGCCCUGUGUGGACAGAGUCCUGAAGCUGUGCACGGACAUCUUCGUGGUGCGGGAGACCGGAGAGAUGGAGCUGGAGGAGACGCUGUUCGAGAAACUCAUCUUCCUCUACCGAUCGCCAGAGACCAUGAUCAAGAUGACCAGAGAGAAGAAAGACAGCUAGGACUCAGGACGCCCUCUCUCUGUUACUAGGGUCAAAAGUGCUCACUUUUUAGUGUCUUAGGGUAAAGCAAAAAGACAUUAGUUGUAGUAGUUAGUAAGGACCGCCAAGCACACUAUGCAGCAAGACUAUCCUUUCUUCAGAUUUUCCAACUUGAAAUAGCACUUAAUACAGAAAAGAAUGAUCUCAAAGUCCUUAAUAUUUUUUUCAUAAGGACUUCAAUCCUUUCCCAAAAAAGAGACUAAUUCAAAAUAUUGUAGUCUUGUACUGUGGGAUAUUCUUUGCUCUAAUAUUUAGGUCUUUGUUAAAUUUCAGCUGAACUUAUGUAGAAGUUUUUGAAGUAGGCUAAAGCAAAAAAACAAACAUGUUUUGUGUUUCAGUCUAUUAGUGUAACGGACAUAAACAUAGAUGAAUGUAGGCAGUGAUUGCUGCACUUAUCUUCCUGGUUCACACAAAAUUAAAUGUACAUGUUUUAUUUUAGUAAGAUUAAAAACGAUAAAAUAAAAUAAAGCAUUCCUUAUGUCCAGAUAACCUGAGUUGUAAUGGUACAUCUACACCAAUACAACUUCCAUGGAAUAAAAUUCUCCAGUUUGAAUGUUAAGAUUCAACUGAUUUUGCUGACAAAACUCAAACUAACAAACUGAUGCAAAGUGUGAACAAAGAUUUUUAAUUCUGACUUGAAACCUUCAAUAGCUGGAUUUUCCAAUUUCUUAAUUUUCUUCUCAUCCAUGCUUAAUAAAACUCUGGAGAAAGUUAGACCUACUGGAAGACCUACUAGUCACUGAUGUUACAGAACAAAUCGGACUUUAACCAUGCAGGAGGCAUUCACAGCAGAACCAAAUGUCUGAGGUAGCCACUUAGAAAUUACGUAUUUAACAAUUGUCUGUGCAACUUAAUAAUUGGUCAAGAGUUGCUGUCUACUGACAGUUUACUUUGCAGUGCAUGUGUGUCUGAUGGUUUUGGGUUCAGGAUUUGAUGGUAUUUAUUACAGAUCCCUUUAGUGUUAAAACUCCAAACUUGGACAAGUGAAUGUAUUAAAGCACUCAUGCCUCUGUAAAUACCACAUUUCU